AAAGCUGAGGUAGCUUUCAGCUUCAGCACCAGUGCUAUUAUGAUGGAUGUUUACAUCUCUUCAUUGAGAGCCAAUUAUCUUGCUUUUGUGUGAGGCCCAAGGAUCACUCAUGCUGCCGGUUUGGAUACAGCAGUAUUGGAUCUAGCGGAACGAAUAGCUUCUGUAUGUAUGACCUCGGUUUUAUUUUUGCUGAUGAUAGAUUUCCGUUGCAUCUGUAAUCUGAUCAAUUUCUUAAAAAACUAAGAAUGAAACAGUAAAAAAAAGUGAAAAAAUAGUUAUUGCCAGUGAAGGUCUUCACAAAAUAUAUGCACCUCUGCUUAGAACUACUAGAUUCAGAUACCUUGAUAAAAUGAGAUGUUUUCGAAAACGUUCCGCAAUACCAGUCCUUGGAGUUCUAAUCAUAUGUCUGCUCUUCAUGAAUUUGUACAUUGAAGAUGAGUAUGUUCUGGAAGAAGAAGAUAAACAUCUUAGAGACACGUCUACUCAUCAGCUGGGCUCAGAUCGCUAUAUUCAUACAAUAAGGAAUUUAUCUAAUUUGUCCUCUUCCAUAAAUGUAACAUAUCGUAUUUUAGCUGGGAUGCCAUUAUCCAGAAAAAGAUAUCUUACAAUUGGACUUUCUUCAGUUAAAAGGAAAAAAGGAAAUUAUUUACUUGAAACAAUAAAAUCCAUAUUUGAACAGUCAAGCUACGAAGAACUCAAAGAGAUCAUGGUAGUCGUUCACCUUGCAGAGUUUGAUUCCACUUGGUGUGAAAGUAUUGUUCAAGAUAUAUCUCGAAAAUUUUCCCAUCACAUCAUUGCUGGCAAACUGACCAUUAUCCACACGCCCAUGGAAUUCUACCCCAUGUUAGAAGGUUUAAAAAGAAAUUACAAUGACCCUGAUGACCGUGUUAAAUUCAGAUCAAAACAAAAUGUGGACUAUGCAUUUCUUUUGAACUUUUGCGCUAAUCUCUCAGACUAUUAUUUGAUGCUUGAGGAUGAUGUUAGAUGUUCCAAAAACUUUUUGACAACGAUUAAAAAGGUUAUAACUUCACGAAAAGGAUCCAGUUGGGUUACCUUGGAGUUUUCCAAACUAGGAUACAUUGGGAAGCUAUAUCUCUCUAAUGACUUACCAAGGCUGGCUCAUUUUUUGCUCAUGUUUUACCAAGAAAUGCCUUGCGACUGGUUGCUAAUCCAUUUUAGAGGCCUUCUGGCUCAAAAGGAUGCCAUUCGUUUUAAGCCAUCUCUCUUCCAGCAUAUGGGAUACUACUCAUCAUACAAAGGGGCAGAAAAUAAACUGAAAGAUGAUGAUUUUGAAGAAGAUGCAUGUGACAUACCAGAUAAUCCAUCAGCAAGCCUAAACACAAAUAUGAAUGUUUUUGAAAAUUAUGAACCUAUAAAGGCAUAUAGUAGCACAGAAGAAUAUUUCUGGGCCAAAUCACCUUCAAGUGGUGACUUUUACCAUAUUGCAUUUGAAAAACCUAUCAAAAUAAAUAAAAUAAAAGUCUGCACUGGAACAGAAGAUCGUCAAAAUGAUAUUUUGCAUCAUGGCACAUUAGAGGUUGGAGAAAGAGUAGUUGGGAAUAAAAAAGGAAAGAAAUGUACAACUUAUCUCAGAUUAGGAGACUUUAAAAAUGGGAACUUUGAAAUGGAAAACAUAGAUCGAAAAGUCCUUUUUAAUAUUGACUGUAUUCGGAUCCUUUUGACUAAAAAUCAAAUUGAAUGGCUAAUUAUUAAAAGUAUUAGCAUAUGGACUACAGAGCCAAUGAACCAGUAAGUCAAUAUUCCUUCCUUUUGGAAGAAUGAAAGACAUUAUCAGUUGAAUGCCAACUGGUAUAUUUCCCUAAUAGAAAAACCUUUUAAUAAAAGCUAACAUGCCAAUGGCAGAUGGUGUGGGAAAAUUCUGUUUAUAUUUGACUAUUUCUGUCAUGCAAUAUUUAACAAUACCUGUGUUUCUGGAUGUGCUAGUUUUUAUAUAAAACAAAGCAAACUUUGGUUCAAAUGUGUUGGUUAUGCUGUUUUAAAUGGAAUCUAAACUAAAAAUUAAUUCAUGUGAAUUAAAUGAAUGCUUCUUUAAGCACUUAUGCAAUUUUCAUGAAUUUUCUUACUUUAGCAGUUUCUUAGAUAUGAACUGUUUUAGAUUGCUUUUACCAGGUUUUUGGCUCAAUAGAUCUCGACUCCAGGGUUUAGUACUACAGAAAGUGCUUAGACUGUUAGGGGCUGAUUUAUUAAUUCAGAAAUCAAGCUUAAGGUUUUUUGCUUAUUUUUUUCCAUUGUCCAGGUUUUUUUAUGCUUUCCACAAUCUACAUCUUAUAUGGUUUAAAGUUGCAAUAUUUUUAUUUUUAUGAUUUUCUUUUUCACGUGAUUGGCAAAAAAAAAAAUAGACACAAUUUAUGAGAAUCAUGGCAAAACGUGAUCCUGAAAAUUGAUAAAUGAGCCCCAUAGGGUUGCUGGCACGCUGAUCUAAAAGAGCUGUUGGUAAUAGCAUCUUAAAAUGACCAAAAACAGCUAAUAUCUCAGGAACCACUAAAAAUGUUUUGUAGAUUGCAAAAAUGCUCAAAGGACAGGUUACCUCAAUUGUUGGGGGUUUAGAUGCCCUUACAUUUCAUUUUGUUUUAAGUGCCAAUAGAAACAUGUUUAAUGGUACAGAGGCAUAGAAGUUGUAUGACUUAAUUAACAGGUCACAAGACAGCUUGACAUUUUUUACCUAUUUUGUUUUUUGUUAUAUAUUACUAGUGAUGGGUCAGUUUGUCCCGUUUGGCUUUGCCGAAAAAUUUGCGAAUUUCCAGUGAAAUUCACCCGCAUCAAUUUUGAUGCCCACAUUAAAGUCAAUGGUCGUCCGAAUAAUUUAAUCGACAGCGGCAAAUCAUGGAAAUUCGCAGUGAAUUCACGCCUGGAGAAUUUAUUCACCCAUCACUAUAUAUUACACUUGCUUCAGGCUCAUUCUACCUCUUAUUACCCUUUAACACUUCCCCAUUAUUAUUUCUGUAUCCACUGGAAUUUAAAAUACAGCACUGUGAACAAAACACUGUGGAUAAGGAGUUCUUUUUUUAAACUAAUCUACCUGCUAAAGUAAUUUCAUGAACCAAUAUUGGAUUAAGACUUUGUAAUGUUAAUGGAUAAUAGUGUGCUUAGGGUUGAAUCUUUGCCAAUUUGUUUUUAAAAAUGAUGUAUAUUGUAAUAAAACGUGUUCUGUAUAUUGAAAACCAGUGCUAUAUGGUUAUUCACUUCAUCCAUUACCUUGAGGAAAUGUUUUGCUUUUCAUGUCACAUGUCGGGCAAUAAGAAUGCUUUCCCAAGGAUGCUUGCUGUAUCAUAUGAAGCAGAAAUGUACAUCAAAGCAUAUAUGUGCCUGAUGAUUUUUUUUUGUUGUUUCCAUAAUUAAAAAUACCUUCAGUGAAGUGUUAUAUAUGUAAAAUGUCAUUGAAUAUGCCAAAUUGAAUGUGCUUGCUAAAUGCAAAUAAAUAUUCAUUUUCUUGUUUGUUACAAGCUGAUAAGGGAAUGAGAGCGCGUAGGAAAAAAGUAAAACAUAAAAGACCAGUAAUACCAAAAAUGAAAUGAACUCAUUUUAUUUCUAUCUAUCCAGUAAAAAAAAGUCUUGUUUGAAGCAGACGUCUCCCUUGUUUUAAGGCAUUUCUUAUCUUGUCUAGCAUGUUGUAUGUGUUAUUAACACCCAUCCGGGUUUUUGUGUUCAGUGUAGCCUUGCAACAGAUCUAUAGAUAACAUAUAACUGCAGGUAUUUUAAAACGAAAAUAUAAUGCUUUCUGGAAAUAGUGCAGAAUUAAGGAUAUUGUUAUUUCCU